CUGGUCCUCGAAACUUCUUCUCUCCCAAUUGAACGACCAAAAAGUUGCAGAGCGCACACACUCUCUCAAUACAGAGAUGGCGAGCACUGAGCCAGAGCGCGAGAACCGUGAAGAAGAAGCUGAAGCCAACGAAGAUGAAGAUACCGGAGCUCAGGUAGCUCCGAUCGUUAGGCUUGAAGAGGUUGCAGUCACCACCGGCGAGGAAGAUGAAGACGCAGUCCUCGAUCUGAAAGCGAAGAUGUAUCGAUUCGAUAAAGAAGGGAACCAAUGGAAGGAGAGAGGAGCUGGAACUGUUAAGUUAUUGAAGCAUAAGCAGACUGGCAAAGUUCGACUUGUUAUGAGACAAUCUAAAACCCUAAAGAUCUGUGCCAAUCAUCUCAUUUCGUCUGGGAUGAGUGUUCAGGAACAUAGUGGGAAUGAGAAGUCUUGUUUAUGGCACGCUACUGAUUUCUCCGACGGCGAGUUGAAAGAUGAGCUUUUCUGCAUUAGAUUUGCUUCAAUUGAGAAUUGCAAAACGUUUAUGGAGAAGUUCACUGAAAUAGCUGAAAGCCAGCAAGUAGGGAAAGAGAGCACAGAGGGCGACGAGGCUGCUGGUUUAAUAGAGAAUCUAUCAGUUGAAGAAAAGAAAAAUGAUGAGAAAGCCAAGGAAGCAGAAGAUAAAGAGCCUGCAAAGGAAGAGAAAGAAACAAAAAAGGAGAAGGUGGAAGAAGAGAAGAAAACAGAGGCAAGCGCUUAAGUCAUCAAUUUAAAAUUGGUUGUUGGCAUCACAAGUGUGCUUUGCUUUAUUUUAAUAUAUAUUAUACUUGGCA